AUGGCGUCUACAACGAAGUACGGUACAGGCAAUGGCACCGAUCCAUCCGAAACCGAGCCAGUCGACGCCAUAUCUCAUCAGUCCAGCGCGGACGAGGAGAGCCCAUUAAUUCCAAACAACGGCAGUCUGGAUACGAAGCCCGCUCAAGCUAUCCCUUUGACUGGAGUGUGGACUAUUAUUGCGGUGCUGUUGCUGGGCGAAUUUAUUUCCAAUGCCGAUGCAACUCUCGUCAUCGCUGCAGCAGGCCGGAUCUCUUCCCAGUUUAACCGUUUGCGUGAUGCUAGUUGGUUGUCCACUGGGUAUACGUUAGGCGUCUGCGCGGCGCAGCCCAUGUACGGGAAGCUAGCGGACAUUUUUGGACGCAAACCCAUGCUCCUAAUCGCAUACUUCUUCUUUGCGGUGGGGUGUAUAAUAUGUGGCCUUGGAUCGCAAAUGUGGGUUGUCAUUCUGGGUCGCGCGAUCAGCGGGAUAGGUGGCGCAGGAACCAUGACCAUUAGCUCGGUGAUCAUCACAGAUAUCGUACCCAAGCGUGAAGUCGCAGCUUGGAGAGCGUAUGUGAAUAUUGCGAUGACCCUGGGUCGCAGCGUCGGAGGGCCCUUGGGUGGCUUCUUGAUUGACACGAUCGGGUGGCGCUGGCUAUUUCUUCUGCAAGCUCCUGUUGUGGCACUCGCGGCCUUCCUGGUUGUCUUGCUACUCAAGGUGGAGCAACACAGACCACCUACCACUCUAAAAGACGUCCGGACCCAGCUCCAGCGGGUCGACUUCCUGGGUACAGCCCUUCUCGGAGGCGGGAUCAUUGCUCUCACUGGCUUAGCAGACCAGGGUGGGAAAGCCUUCCGCUGGGCAUCAUGGGUUACUCUGGCUCUGGGAGGCGCCGGGCUCCUGUUGAUCGCAGGGUUCGUUUUUGUCGAGUCGUAUAUUGCGCCAGAGCCAAUCUUCAACCUUCGAAUCCUCCGACGGUCGAAUGUCGCAAUCAGCUACCUGCUCAGCACCUGUCAGGUGACUGCUCAGCUGGGGAUCAUGUUCUCGAUUCCGUUGUAUUUCCAAGUGACGCAAAGAGCUUCGACCACUGCGGCUGGCGUGCACCUGGUACCUGCCGUCGCGGGAAACGCGAUCGGAGGUUUGAUUGCAGGCCUUUUUAUCCGAAAGACAGGAUCUUAUCGGACCCUAUUAGUGCUGGCUGGACUCAUCGCGUCCGUGACAUAUGUGCUACUCUAUUUCCGCUGGAAUGGCCAUACUGGAUUCUGGGAAUCGCUCUAUAUCAUUCCUGGUGGCAUGGGGACGGGCAUGGCGUCGGCAUCGGCUUUCAUCGCUAUGACUGCCGCUUUAGCGCCUGGGGAGGUGGCUAUGGCGACUGCAGGCUAUAUGUUGCUCCUCAGCUUUGCCAUGACCGCGGGUGUCACCUCUUCCAAUGCCGUCCUGGGACUUGAGUUUCAGAGGCAAUUGCGAGAGAAUCUCCAUGGUCCAGGGAGUGAGACGAUCAUUCAACGCGCUACAGCGGAUACCAACUAUAUCGCCCACCUGGAGGGCCGCCUUAGAGAGAUCGUUGUCAGCUGUUAUCUUUCUGGAUUAAAACAUACCUACUUGGUGUCUUUGGGCUGCUCGUUGGCUGCCGCCUUCUUCGGCCUUUUUAUUAGACACCAUCAACUAUAG